AUGGCGGCGGCGGCCCACAACGACGCCCUAGGAAAAAGAUCGAGGCAGAAGUUGGAUCGAGGGAGGAGUGGCAGUGUCGAUUACACGGAAUUCCUCGUCCCUCCCAUAGUCCCAUUUCGGACCGUGUGCCAUGAGGAGGAGAAGGAGCACCGCCAAGCCGAGGCGCAGCAUAACGUCAAGGCCAACGAUGUGCUCUACAUAGCGAAGCUCGUUGACGCCGAUCCAGAGCUCCUCGCGCGGAACAUUGCAUACUUCAAGGAGGAGGAGGCACGACGCAAUAAAUUACAAGAUGGGGAGGAGGAUCACCGGAUCAAAGUCGAGGUCGAUGAGUUGUUCGAACAGCUCGAGAUGGAGCUCUUCGACGAGGAGGUGAAGCCAUCUACCAUCAAUGACCAUGAGGCCGAUCCUUCUGCACCAGGGUGGUGGAUAUCUCGUCCGGCGCUGAAGAAGGCCAUCACGGACGACCCCAAGAACCUGACCAAGAACUGGUGCGGCCCCGACGUGUGCAGCUACUACGGCGUCUACUGCGCGACGGCGCCCGACGAUCCCUGCGCGCGCACCGUGGCCUCCGUGGACCUCAAUCACGGCGACCUGGCCGGCACGCUGCCGGAGGAGCUGGGCCUGCUCUCCGACCUCGCCGUCUUCCACCUCAACUCCAACCGCUUCUGCGGCGCGCUGCCCGACGCCCUCCGCUCCCUCCACCUCCUCCACGAGAUCGACGUCAGCAACAACCAGCUCACCGGCAACUUCCCCUCCCAGUUCCUCUGCCUCCCCAACGUCCAGUACGUCGACAUCAGGUUUAACAACUUCUGCGGCGAGGUGCCGGCGGCCAUCUUCGAGAAGAAGAUCGAUGCGCUCUUCAUCAACAACAACAACUUCGAGUUCACGCUGCCGGCCAAUUUCAGCAGCUCCACGGCGUCGGUGAUCGUGCUGGCCAACCUGCCGCGGGUCGGGGGGUGCCUGCCCAGCAGCAUCGGCGACAUGGCCGGGACGCUCAACGAGCUGAUCCUCCUCAACAGCGGCAUCUCCUCCUGCAUCCCGCCGGAGAUCGGCAAGCUGGACAAGCUCACCGUGCUCGACCUCAGCUCCAACGGUAUCGUCGGCAAGCUGCCCGACACCAUCGGCAAUAUGCAUGCCCUCGAGCAGCUCAACGUCGCCAACAACAUGCUUGCCGGCGAGAUCCCCGAGAGCAUCUGCGCGCUGCCAAACCUCAAGAACUUCACCUACUCCCACAACUUCUUCUGCGGCGAGCCGCAUCGGUGCCUGGAGGUGCCCCACAUCGACGACCGGCAGAACUGCAUCGCAGGUCGCCCCGACCAGCGGCCCGGCGAGCAGUGCAUCGAGUUCCUCCACCGGCCGCCGGCCCAGUGUGCCGCGCACGGGCAAUCAUCGCCACCGCCGAUGUAUGCGCCUCCACCGCCGAUGUACUGA